AUGAGAACAGGAGCUCUUAGUGCAUUAGGAGCUUGUAUAUGGACAUUAAAACGUAGUCUUAUUGAUACUGAUAUACUACGUCAAUUUGAGGAAUUUAUACCAGUUGAUGAAAUGAACACAUCACAUGAUUGCUCCUCCAUGUCACAACUCAAUGUAUCUAUCACUAGUGAUUUUACCAAUAGAAAAAUGGUAUUGGAUGAUAUCACAUUGGCUAAUCUUGAUGUAAUCGAUAAUAGUGGUCGUAUGGCUGGGACAUUAAUGGAGCGUCUUUAUCAUUGUUGUACUGCUUUUGGUAGACGUCUGUUGAAACUGCUCUCAGCUCCUCUGUGUAAUCCAUCUGCUAUUAAUGAUAGAUUAGAUGCUGUGACUGAUUUGUACAUAAACUCUUCUCUAAUGUUUGAAGUGAAAGGAGUUUUGCAAACAAUUCCUGACUUGGAGAGAAUGUUGAGAAGAGUUUAUUCGUUGGGGUCAAAGGUCAGAAGUGAGACACAUCCAGACAAUAGAGCUAUAUUUUAUGAAGAGAUAUUGUACAAAUUAUCCUCUCAUCUCUUGAAACAGAUAGUCACUCCAACUGCAGACAAAGGACUAUUUCCUGAUUUAAAGGAUAAACUUCACUUUUUUGAUACAUCAUUUGAUCAUCAGAAAGCUCGUAGUGAUGGAGCCAUUAUUCCUCGUAAUGGAGUCAAUAAUGAUUAUGAUACUGCAUUACAAAAUAUAGAACAGAUCGACCAAAAUUUAGAUGAUUACAUAAAGCAACAGAAAAAACGACUUCAUUGUAAAAAUAUAUCAUAUUGGGGUACUGGUCGUAAUCGUUUUCAACUGGAAGUACCAGAGUCUUUAGAGGUACCAGAUUCUUACGAACUCAAGUCUCAGAAGAAAGGAUUUCGUCGCUACUGGACGAGGGAGAUUGAGGAAAUGUUGUCUGAGUUGGUAGCAGCUGAAGAGAAAAGAGACAGUGCUUUACGUGAUACAAUGAGAACAAUUUUUUAUUCAUUUGGAGAGGAUUUUUCAUUGUGGGACUCUGUCCGUUGUCUGUCGAUAUUAGAUGUAUUAGUUGCUAUGGCAACAUUCAGUGCAGGUAACACAUGUCGUCCUAUUAUAGUACGGGAGAAGAACCCAUUUCUUGAAAUCUAUGGAGGAAGACAUCCCUGCGUUGUUCAGACAUUCACUGGAGAUGAAUUUGUUCCCAAUGAUGUCAUCAUUGAUUCAGAAGGGUCUGGCAAGUCAUGCUUAGUAGUGACUGGACCCAAUAUGGGGGGAAAAUCAACACUAUUGAGACAAACUGGUCUUAUAGUAAUAUUAGCACAAAUGGGCUGUUUUGUACCAGCAGAAUCAUGUAAGCUUACACCAGUUGAUAGAAUAUUUACAAGAUUAGGAGCUUCAGACCGUAUCAUGAAAGGGUAUAGUACUUUCUAUGUUGAAGUCAGUGAGACAAGUGUCAUAUUACAACAUAGCACAAUCAACUCAUUAGUUUUACUAGAUGAGUUAGGUCGUGGAACAGCUACUUACGAUGGUACAGCUAUUGCUUCAGCUGUCAUCAGGAGUAUAGUAGAUAGAAAAUGUCGUACUUUAUUCUCCACCCACUACCACACCCUAGUGGAUGAAUUAAAAGACAACCCUCGUAUUCAAUUAGGACAUAUGGCUUGUAUGGUGGAAAGUGAAGAAGAGAAUGAGGGAGAAGAGAGUAUAACGUUUCUUUAUAAAUUUAUUGAUGGAGCAUGUCCUAAAAGUUAUGGAUUUAAUGCAGCAAACUUAGCUGGUGUACCUCUUGAGGUAAUUAUUUGA